CUGAGUGGUGCUUGAACUGGACGGGGAGGUGCCGGGAGGGGUCGGGCUGAUUGUCUUCACACGGUAGCAGCGAUCUGGGGUGGAACUGGCGCCCGGGCCGCGGGAUGUCUGAAAUUCAAACGGGCUGAGACGGGCCGAGCGGCUUUCGCAAGGCGGGCUGGAGAGGAGCGCCUGGACCCGGAGUCUAGCGCCGGGCUGAAGGAACAUCAGUGGGCCGGUUGAUGGAGUUGUGCCCUGAGCAGUGUGUGGAAUGGUGAGGGACGACACUGUUGCCGUUGUGGAACCAUGAGUACUAAAGCUACACAUGGAUCAGACAACCGAGAGGGCAAGAUCUACACCCUCCAGAUCUGCCCAAGCCUCUACAGCGAGGACUCGGUGUGCUACUGUCUACCGGCCACCAAGGAUGUGACGGCGGCCGAGGUUAUCCGCGAGCUCACGGGCAAGCUGAACCUGGACAACUCCAAGUGCUACGUGCUGGCCGAGGUGAAGGAGUCCGGGGGCGAGGAGUGGAUUCUUGACGCCAAUGACCUGCCCGUCCAGCGGGUGCUGCUGUGGCCCCGGCGGGCGCAGGAGAAGCACUCGCAGAGCGAAGGCUACUACUUCCUCCUCCAGGAGAGGAACAACGACGGCACUAUCCGCUACAUCAACCUGCAGGUCGUGGCCAAGGAGCGGGAGAAGCACAGCCUGGUGGAACGCGGCUUCCUGCCGCCCGAGCCCCACCUGUAUAAUGAUCUGUGCAAGCUGCCGACCCUGACCGAGGAAACCAUCCUCCAGACCUUCAAGACCCGCUUCUUGAAACACAAGAUCUACACGUACGCCGGCAGCAUCCUCAUUGCCAUCAACCCCUUCAAGUUCCUGCCCAUUUAUAACCCCAAGUACGUGAAGAUGUACGAGAACCACCAGUUGGGCAAGUUGGAGCCUCAUAUCUUCGCCGUGGCUGACGUCGCCUACCACACCAUGCUGAAGAAGCAGGUGAACCAGUGCAUCGUGAUCUCGGGGGAGAGUGGCUCCGGUAAGACCCAAAGCACCAACUUCCUCAUCCACUGCCUGACCGCUCUCAGUCAGAAGGGGUACGCCAGCGGUGUUGAGAGAACCAUCCUGGGCGCUGGACCAGUAUUAGAGGCCUUUGGAAAUGCAAAAACUGCUCACAACAACAACUCGAGCAGGUUCGGCAAAUUCAUCCAAGUCAAUUACCUGGAGAACGGGCUAGUCCGAGGUGCUGUAGUGGAAAAAUACCUCCUGGAGAAAUCCCGUCUGGUGUCGCAAGAGGCUGACGAGAGGAACUACCACGUCUUCUACUACCUGUUGCUGGGGGCCAGUGAGGAGGAGCGCAGGGACUUCCAGCUGCAGCCGCCACAGCAUUAUCACUACCUCAACCAGAAGGAAAACUUUUGUAUCGACGAUGGCGAGGACCUCAAGCAUGACUUUGAGCGUUUGAAGCAGGCCAUGGACAUGGUGGGCUUCCUCCAUGUCACCAAGAAUCAGAUAUUUUUUGUGCUCUCUGCAAUCCUCUAUCUGGGGAACGUUGCCUACAUAAAGAAAGCAACGGGAAGAGAGGAGGGAUUGGAGGUGGGACCUCCCGAGGUGCUGGACACCCUGUCGGAGCUGUUGAAGGUGAAACGAGACAUGUUGGUCGAGGCAUUAACAAAGAGGAAGACUGUGACAGUUGGCGAGAAGUUGAUUUUGCCAUAUAGCCUCAAUGAGGCUGUGACCACACGAGACUCCAUGGCCAAAUCUCUCUACGCUGCACUUUUUGAUUGGAUUGUCCUUCGGAUUAAUCACGCUCUCCUCAAUAAAAAGGACAUGGAGGAGUCUGUCAUGUGCUUGUCGAUCGGAGUCCUGGAUAUAUUCGGUUUUGAGGAUUUUGCAAAUAACAGUUUUGAGCAGUUUUGCAUAAAUUAUGCAAACGAGCAGCUUCAGUAUUACUUCAACCAACACAUCUUCAAACUGGAGCAGGAGGAGUAUCAGAGCGAAGGCAUCACCUGGCACAACAUCGAUUACACCGACAACGUAGGCUGCAUCCACCUCAUCAGCAAGAAGCCAACGGGACUCUUCCACCUCCUGGACGAGGAAAGCAAUUUCCCGCGUGCCACCAAUAAGACCCUGCUGGCCAAGCUGAAGCAGCAGCACGAGGACAAUCGGUAUUUCGUGGGGACGCCAGUUUUGGAGCCAGCCUUCAUCAUCCAGCACUUUGCUGGCAGAGUCAAGUACCAGAUCAAGGACUUUCGGGAGAAGAACACGGACUACAUGCGGCCGGAUAUCGUGGCACUCCUGAGGGGCAGUGACAGUGCGUUCAUCCGUGAGCUAAUCGGGAUGGAUCCCGUGUCUGUGUUCCGCUGGGCCACCCUCCGGGCUGCAAUCCGAGCGGUGGCCGCCUUCAAUGAGGCUGCGCGACUGCGGGCAAAGAAAAACAAAAUGGGGAUAAUACGCCCCACACCCCGCGUUCCACUCAGCGAGAUGCAGUGGCCAAACACUCCAAUAGAAAAGGUCUACCGUGACUUGCAUGCCCAGCUGAUGAACAGUAUCCGGGGAAGGGCUCAGUCCCUUGACAAUCCUCACAGCCUCCUCAAACCACUGAGACGCUUUGAGAGACCUCACAGCUACUUUUUGAAAAAUAAAGGUUUGAAACAAAAGCUGGUAAUUCCUAAGAACCUCAUUGACUCGAGUUCCUUAAAGCACAUUAUGGGCAUGACUCUCCACGAUCGCACCACCAAAUCCUUGCUGCACUUGCACAAGAAGAAGAAGCCGCCCAGCAUCAGUGCACAGUUCCAGGCCUCCCUGAAUAAACUGAUGGAAGCCCUGGGCAAAGCUGAGCCUUUCUUCAUUCGGUGUAUUCGCUCAAACGCCAAAAAGAUGGAACUCUGUUUCGACGACGACCUCGUACUGCAGCAGCUUAAGUACACCGGGAUGCUGGAGACCGUCCGCAUCCGGCGCUCCGGAUACAGUGCCAAAUACACCUUGCAGGAAUUCAGGAACCAGUUCCAGGUGCUACUCCCCAGGAACGCCGAGCCACUACAGGAAGCUAUUGCUGCCUUGUUCAACAGGCUGGAGUUGGUCAGGGAUAACUGUCAGAUUGGAAAAACGAAGGUUUUUAUGAAGGAGUCAGAACGUCAGAAGCUCCAGGAUGUCUUGCACCGGGAAGUGAUGCGGAAGAUCCUGCUCCUGCAGAACUGGUUCCGGACUGUCCUGGAAAGGAAGCGGUUUUUGAAGAUGAGGAGGGCAGUGAUCACCAUACAGGCCCAUUUUCGAUCUUUAUUGGUUCGCUUGGCUCUGCAGAGGCUGAAUGCAGCGAAACUGAUCCAGCUGGUGUGGCGAGGCUACGUGCAGAGAUGUGCAUAUCUGAAGCAAGUCCGUGAAAUCAAGUUCUGCCAGGCUGUGUGCCGUGGCUACCUGGCACGCAAAAGGGUCCGUUUACUGCGGCAGGUACAAGAGGGUGUGCAAGACACAGGGGAGAGUGCAAUACAGGCUGAAGAGAGGAAACAAGUUUCCAAACAAUCGCAGCCCACAAUCGCAGACCAAGACACUAAGGUUCCAUCGGAGGUUGCGAUCUGUCCAGAAAAGCAGACAUCCACGGAUACUGUUAGCCCAGAAGAGUCACCAAAACCUCAGGAGAACAUUAUGGUCCUGUACCGGAAAACACAGCCAGAGGGCGGAGAGAAGUCAAACGCCCGUGAGAAACGAGAGACUCGGCGGAUGCGUGGCUUGGAACACGACAAGCUCCAGCGACAGUUGGUGUCGCCCACUCCUCAGGACAAUCCCACCGCCCCUCCGACGUUUGAGACCCGGGAGAAUAUCGAAAGGGUGGUGCAGAGUGCGGGGCAGCAGGACGAUCUCCAGCCUCUGGCAGAGGAGCAGCCGGUACCCAUGGUGCCAGGUGACUCUCGGUUCGAGUGGCCAGACGGUGGAGACCGUGACAAGCAGCUGGAUGUGGGAUUGGCCCGUAACAGUGAAGUAGGGAAAGGUCCAAGUGCUGAGGUAGAAAACCAGCAGCCACCAGCAGCACUGCAGCGACCGACAUCUCUGCAACUUCACACUGGUGACUCUCUACCGGCCGGCGAUGCUUCAGAAGAGGACGCCUGCGCCAAUGGGAAUGAGAUACAGAGCGGGCAAGCAGCUAAGAAAGUUCCGCAGAGUCCUGGAUCCUCAUCGGGGGCCAUUCACCGUUACCAUGACUACAAGAAGCUGAAGGAUAAGGCGGAGAAGUGGAAGGACAAGCAUAACUAUGAGCAGUCCAGUCCACCAGUAGAGAAGAAGGAAAACCAGUCUCCGUCAAAAAGCACAAAGAACAAAGAGAUUUUGCUUCCUCAGGAUGAGGGCUUGCUGCCAACUUUGCCCUCUCCCACGGGAUAUGUGUCUGAGACUCUGAAUGAAUCACAGGACGGUGACAGAACGCCAACAAAACUAGCAGUGCAGAAGAAGACUUCCCAAGAGCUGAAUCUUAACCAACACCUUGAAUCUCCCAAGUCCCAGUUCCGCAUUCCAUUGCGGAGGCUCCUGGGGAAGCGGCAAGCCGAUAAAAAGUUCUCCAAGGAGGGGACGCCCACUCUGGAGGACGUUGCUCUCACCUUGACCAAUGAAGCAAUGAAGAACUUCGGUGACAAACCAGAGGCGAGGAAAUCUGCUACUUUGCCGAUGGCGCACUCCACGCAACACCCGUACGUAGACGCAGCCAAAGACCAGUCCGGUAAAGUCAAGCGGAGCCGCAGCAUCAAAAUCAGCACUGUGUCCGAGCAGUGGGGCGCGCACGCAGGCCGUAUCACCAACGCCAAUGAGCUGAAACAUCUGGACGAGUUCCUGCUGAACAAGGUAAAUGACCUCAGUUCCCGAGUUUCCCAGGAGUCAAACAUCGAGGCUUUAUUCAUCAGGGUGACUGAGAAAUUCCGGUGCACACUCAAAAGCAUGUAUCCUGUCCACAAUGGACAAACCCAAGUGGGCUACAGGGACCUGAUACAGAAUUACCAGAUGCUACUGGCCAAGCUGGUGGGCGAGAGGCAGAAAACUGAGGUUCAGUUUGUGCUGAAUCUCUUCCAGUCACUCCUGGAUGAGUUUGCCCGUGGCUAUUCCAGGAAAGAGGAGACAGAGACACUGAAGCCUACAAAAUCCCAGAAGAAGAGGCGGAAACGCAAUCGAAUUAAAGAGGAGGUUUGUGGGCACAUGUUCCGCAGUUACCAAGUGAACAUUGGGCAGUCGUGUGAACAGUGCUCAUCCUACAUCUGGCCCAUGGAGAAGGCUCUUUUAUGCUGCUCCUGCAGGAUGACUUGUCACAAGAGAUGCCUGACAAAGAUUCAACAUCCCUGUCAAUCUGGCUGUAACAAGAACGAUGCAGACGUGGUGUCGCGACACUUUGGGGUGCAGGUUAUUGCUCUGAUGGAUGAGAACCAGACGCUGCCCAUGGUGAUGGAGAAGCUGCUGGAGUACGUGGAAAUGCAUGGACUGUACACUGAAGGAAUUUACCGCAAGUCGGGAGCAGCCAACAAGAUGAAGGAUUUGCGGCAGCAGCUGGAAGAGGAUCCAGAUUCGGUUCACCUGGAGAAUUACCACAUUCACGCCAUUACAGGAGUGCUUAAACAGUGGCUGCGGGAACUCCCAGUCCCACUGAUGACCUUUGAUCUGUACGGUGACUUCCUGCGUGCUAUUGAACACCCGGGGAGGCAAGAGCAGGUACAAGCAGUUUACAGUGUCCUUGAGCAACUACCCAGCGGCAUCUUCCACACUCUUGAACGCCUCAUCUUCCACCUGGUCAAGGUAGCGGUGUUAGAAGAGAUGAAUCGAAUGUCUCCCAAUGCUCUAGCGAUCGUCUUUGCUCCUUGUAUCCUCCGGUCUCCAGACAGCUGUGACCCACUGAUGAGCAUGAAAGACGUCUCCAAGACAACCAUGUGUGUGGAGCUGCUGAUCACUGAGCAGAUGCGGAAAUACAAACUGAAAAUGGAUGAAAUCACCCAACUGGAGACAGCAGAACAGCUUGCAGUCCGCCGCCUCUCGUUCCUACGUCUUUGGCCUCUUGAAGUCGGGUUUUCUGCUCCGUAUGAUGGGGUACUGAGCAAAGUGCCUAGAACCCCAAAGCCUACCGAGGAGAACCCGCCAAGCCUAGUGAGCCUGGAAGAAGAGGAGCCAUCGGACAGUGACAUGGAACACGAGGAGGAGAUCCUGAUAGAGCAGAUCCAGUCAAUAAAGGAGGAGAGGGAUCAGCUGACACUUGAGCUCCCACAAUUGGAGCAGAGAGGGUCUGAUGAGGAAAACAUGGAUUCUGAGGCUUCAUGGAGUAUGGAGAGCCUCCUUGAUGACCGACCAGCACAAGUGGAGUCCGGAGGUUCUGCAGUGUUCCAGUUCACAGGACGCCACGAGCCUCUUCCUGCCACUCCAGAGGGCACUGUCACCCCAACUAAACCCGUGCUGCCAACUCGCCCUCCUAUCGCGCAGCGACGGGCGUUCUCCAUGCUCACCAGCAUUAAGCUGCCCUGUCGGAAAGCCGUGCUGCCCACGCGGAACAUCAAGCUUCCCCCCGGCAUCGUCAGCGCUGUGGGCAGUGUCCCCAACAGUCCUGGCACCAAGGAUGGAGAGCCCCACCCACUGGCAGUCACUAUGCGACGACGCAACCUCCCCUCCCAGCGAUCUGACAACAUCCACUCCAUGUAUGUGCAGGACUUCCUGCCGCUACCGAACACUGGUGAGACGAAUCCCAUCCCAGCCAAGGUCCAGAGGAGGUUUUCUGACCCACUAGCUGACCUACCCCAUGGAGGUGACGAAUCUGCCCUGUAACAUUGCCCACCACCUACUGAAGAAGGCAGUGGAUUAUCCCCAUUUAUAUACUUACCUCACCAAGGCAGUUUGAACUACUCUCUCUCUCUCUGGCUUCAUGCUCUGGAACCAAGGGGGAGCAGUGACUGCUCGGGACCAAGAGUGAGAGAAAUUGGGAUCUGAAUGUGAAGAGUGAAUGAGUGAUGCCUGGGCUGAAUGUGAUCAGGAGAAUGAAUGAAUGACCAUGUGGACCAAAUGUCUGAGUGACUUGAGUGACCUUCUCUGACACUUUGCUCUGUUAGUACAUUCCCUCGGCUGACCAGGGAUUACUUUCUCAGUUGCACUGUGCGGUCCCGCCUGGUAUUGUGAGAAGGUCAUUCUCCUCCCUUGCCCUCCUGUAACCAUUUUUCCCUACUUGUGAAAAAGUACAGUUUUUAUAUAAAUAAAUGUUGUCAUUUGUUUUUUACUUGU